AUGACUGAUCUGGGUAUUCCCAAGAAGCAAAAGGCUGUAGUCUAUGACCAGCCUGGCACCAACUCCACAAAGAUUGAGGAGAUUGAUGUGCCUGAGCCUGGCCCCGGUGAAGUCCUUAUCAAUCUGACGCACUCGGGUGUUUGUCAUUCUGACUACGGUGUCAUGACAAAUAGCUGGUCGUCGCUUCCACUUCCUGCCCCGGCAGGACAGGUGGGCGGUCAUGAAGGAGUGGGCAAAGUGGUCAAGUUCGGCCCUGGAGCGGAAGAAUCGGGCCUGAAAAUCGGAGACAGAGUGGGUGUCAAAUGGGUCUCGAGCGCUUGUGGCAAUUGCCAACCAUGCCAGGCCGGCUCUGAUGGGCUCUGUUUCAAACAGAAGAUCUCGGGAUACUUUUCCCCCGGCACAUUCCAACAAUACACAGUCGGCCCAGCAAACUAUGUAACUCCGAUUCCCGACGGCCUCGCCUCGGAAGAGGCAGCCCCCAUGCUCUGCGCUGGCGUCACAGUAUAUGCGGCACUCAAGCGCAGUCACGCACGGCCAGGACAAUGGGUGGUGAUCUCCGGCGCCGGCGGCGGGCUGGGACACAUCGCAGUGCAGCUGGCCAGUCGAGGCAUGGGCCUGCGCGUCAUCGGCAUCGACCACGGUAGCAAAGAAGCACUCGUCAAGGAGUCCGGCGCAGAGCACUUCGUGGACAUCACCCAGUUCCCCACAGACGACAAGGGCGAGGCCAUCGCCGCGCACGUCCAAUCACUGGCCGAUGGUCUGGGAUCCCACGCCGCCAUCGUCUGUACGGCCUCGAACGCAGCGUACGCCCAGGCCCUCCUUAUGCUGCGCUUCAACGGCACCCUCGUUUGUGUCGGCGUCCCGGAGCACAGCCCCCAGCCCAUUGCGACUGCGUUCCCUGGCUUCAUCCUGGAGAAGCUUGCGACGAUCACCGGUUCGGCCGUUGGAAAUCGCACAGAAGCCCUUGAGACGUUGGAGUUUGCCGCUCGAGGUAUCAUCAAGGCACAUGUGCGGACGGAGAAAAUGGACGCUUUGACAAGUAUCUUCCAGGAGAUGGCUGAGGGGAAGCUGCAGGGAAGAGUGGUACUUGAUCUAUCCUAG